AUGAGUGAGGAACAACCUAAAUGUCCAGUUGAUCAUAGUGCUCGAGAAGUAUGGUUAAAACAAGGUGGUGCUAAUCCACAUGAAGAUAUAAAAUCAAAACCAAGACCACAAGUAUCUAAUGAAAGUGAUAAAUGUCCAAUAGAUCAUGAAGCAAGAGCUAAAUGGGUUGAAAUAGGUAAACAACAAGAAAAACCAAAACCAACUCCAAUACAGAAACAAAAUUUUAUUCAACAUGAUGUUGAAAUCACAUCAAAUACAAAUCAUUCAUCAGAAAAUUUAUCAAAUGAUCCACCAAUUUAUUUAACAAAUACUCCAUUACCAGAAGAUCGUGAAAUAAGUUCCAUACCAAGAACAGGAGCAGAUGCAAAUUGGAUAUAUCCAUCACAAAAACAAUUUUUUGAAGCUAUGAAACGUAAAAAUUGGGAUCCAAAUGCUUCAGAUAUGGGAACUGUUGUACCAAUUCAUAAUGCAGUUAAUGAAAGAGCAUGGUAUCAUAUUUUAAAAUGGGAAGAAGGUCAAGGUAGUGACGAAUGUGGAGGUGUUAAAUUAACAAGUUUUAAAGGAGAUAGUAAAGCAUUAACUCCUAAAGCCAGAUUAAAAUUAUUAUUAGGUUAUUCAAAACCUUUUGAUAGACAUGAUUGGACUAUAAAUAGAUGUGGUAAAGAAAUUGAUUAUGUUAUUGAUUUUUAUACUGGUAAAACAAAUGCAUUAAAUCCUGGGAUGGCUAGUUUUUAUUUAGAUGUUAGACCAAAAUUGAAUAGUUUUGAAGGUGUUAAACUUAGAGUUUUGAAAUUUUUCGGAUUGUAA